AUGAAUGGUGAUGUGAUGCCGAUGGCAACCACGUCAACGAUGCCUGUCCCAGCAGCAGCAAAUGGAGGCGCUCACUUCGUCUAUUCCCGCAGGUUCGAGGAGAUGCCAAGUGAAGCUUUCCCACCGCCGCCCACUGAAUACCGCGAAACACUCAACGAGCACACAGGCGUUGUUGAAAGUAGUUCCAUUAUUCAACCUUGUUCGUCGCGUGAUCAAGACGACACCGAUAUCGAGGAGGAGAUUAUCAACUCCUUCAAUAAGAAGUCAUUCAUUGUGCCGAGUAAAAGUCAAGUGCUCUUCUACUUGUCUACAUCGCGACAUCUUCGGAUACACCACACCGGAUGUGAACUUCAAGUCACAGAUUCUGCCGAUUUCCCUCUUUUUGACAUAUGGGCCGAAUCCGCUUGUUGUGGCCGGCCAGUAUGGGUGAUGGAGUCUUACGGUAAGUUUAACUAUCCUCAGAGGUCUUUGGGUAGAAGCACGUUCAAUAAUUCAAACCCCCUUCCCCCUCCCUUGAACCGAACACUGAAAAAAUCCAUCAUUACAUUGAAAGCACUCUGUGCGAUUGGUGAAACAAUCACUUCUACGGGUGAGACAGGCUUAUUAAUCAUUUAA